AUGGAAAAUCUGCAAGCCAUGCUGCAUCAGCACCUCGACGUCAAGCCCAACCCUCCUGCACAAAUACCGUACACCAGGGAACAGAUCGAAUGCAUCUGCUGGACGCUUUUCCAAGCCCGUGACGGUGCCCAACUCGUCGCCUUAUUUUCCCAGUUCGGAGAUCAACAACUUCUUCGAGCAGAGUGGCGCUCGGAGGCGGUGAUUUUGGGCUACAUCCUGGCAUUGCACGAAGCCGGGCAAUUUGAGACCUUAUUUACAGUAAUCAGCAACGGGUCAUUCCACGAGAAAAACUACAAGGACCUGCAGGACAUUUGGUAUAUGGCGCAUUACCAGGAGAACGAGAAUAAGCGGCAAAAAGUGCUCGGCGCCGUCGAGAAGUAUCGAUUAAGGAGAAAACACCCGCCGCCGCGCUCAAUCUGGGACGGCCAGGAGACGAUCUACUCGUUCAAGGAGAACAGCAGAAAGUUCCUCCGCCAAUUCUACAAGCAAAACCCGUACCCGAAUCUCGAGCAGAAACGCGAGAUCUCCCGCGCCACCGAGCUCGAGCUCGUCCAGAUCUCGAAUUGGUUCAAGAAUCGACGGCAGCGCGACAAAACCAACAAACACCACCACGGCUUCCGGCUGAUGGAGAUGCCCGCCCACCUCCAGCACUACCCGAUGGCUGUU